CCACUCACGUGACUAUAUAUUCCCUCAAUAUUAUUAAUACACCAUAUACGCUUACCUCAUUCUCCAUUCUCCAUUCUCCAUUCACCACCGACACUUUUAAUCGCCGAAACAAACCUCUUCAUCCAAAAGAAACAAUGGAAACUUCAACCACCCUCACCGGAUUACUCCAAUCCGUUGCCAAAAAAUUCCCCUCCCGGCGAGCCAUCUCCGUCGCCGGAAAAUUCGACCUCACUCACUCGCGCCUUCAUGAAUUAGUCGAUUCCGCCGCCGCUCAUCUGAUCUCCGCCGGAAUCAAACCAAACGACGUCGUCGCCCUAACCUUCCCAAAUACCAUCGAAUAUGUUGUAUUGUUUUUAGCCGUAAUUCGAGUUCGAGCCACAGCCGCGCCAUUAAACGCAGCUUAUACAUCGGAAGAAUUCGAGUUUUAUUUAUCCGACUCAGAAUCAAAGCUUCUAUUAACACCGUCAGAAGGUAACGAGCCGGCUCAAGCCGCAGCUUCAAAGCUCAACAUUCCUCUCGGCUCGGCUUCACUAAUUCAAAUCGAAGGAGAACAACAACAAACCAAACUAAAAUUCUCGAUUAACCAACCCGAGUCAGACUUAAUCUCCAACCCAGUUAACUCGGUUACCGAACUCAUUAACGAACCACCCGACGUGGCACUUUUCCUCCACACAUCAGGAACCACGAGUCGUCCCAAGGGGGUCCCACUGAGUCAACACAAUCUAGUUUCAUCGGUUAAAAACAUCGAAUCGGUUUACCGACUCAGUGAGUCAGAUUCAACUGUAAUUGUUCUUCCGCUUUUUCACGUUCACGGAUUAAUCGCCGGAUUACUGAGUUCACUCGGUGCCGGAGCUUCCGUCGCGUUACCAUCGGCGGGAAGAUUCUCGGCUUCAACGUUUUGGAAAGACAUGAUUCAAUACAACGCCACGUGGUACACAGCUGUUCCUACCAUACACCAGAUCAUACUAGAUCGACACUUAAAUAACCCCGAACCGGUGUACCCGAAGCUCCGGUUUAUAAGAAGCUGUAGUGCUUCAUUGGCACCGGUUAUUCUAGGUCGUUUAGAGGAAGCAUUUGGGGCUCCAGUUUUGGAAGCUUAUGCAAUGACGGAGGCUUCUCAUUUAAUGUCUUCGAAUCCUUUGCCAGAAGAUGGGCCCCACAAAGCUGGGUCGGUUGGGAAACCCGUGGGUCAAGAAAUGGUUAUAUUGGAUGAGUCGGGUCGGGUUAUGGAAGUGGAAGUUAAGGGUGAGGUUUGUAUUAAGGGUGAGAAUGUUACCAAAGGUUAUAAGAAUAAUGAUGAAGCCAAUACGACGGGGUUUUUGUUUGGUUGGUUUCAUACCGGUGAUAUUGGGUAUUUUGAUUCUGAUGGAUAUUUGUAUCUUGUGGGUCGAAUUAAAGAGCUCAUAAAUAGAGGAGGAGAGAAAAUAUCACCAAUAGAAGUAGAUGCUGUCCUUUUAACACAUCCAGAGGUAGCUCAGGCAGUUGCUUUUGGAGUACCAGAUCAGAAAUAUGGGGAAGAGAUACAUUGUGCAAUCAUACCAAGAGAAGGAUCAAAUAUUGAUGAAGAAGAGGUCCUAAUAUAUUGCAAGAAGAAUCUCACAUCUUUUAAAGUCCCAAAAAAGGUUUUCAUUACUGAUUCUUUGCCUAAGACAGCUACUGGCAAGAUUUUGCGUCGGCUUGUCGCAGAACACUUGGUUGGAGGGAAACUUGGGAUUUAAGAGGAAGAUAUUUAUUGAGUAUAAUAGGUUUUGAUUAUUAUUGUGAUGUGAGAAACAAUGCAAUGUUUAAAGAAUUUUUCAUAUUGUGUACAAUGUUAGUGUCUUCACAUAUACUCUUUGUAAUGCAAUAUGUUUUUUGAAUCCCAUCCAAUCCAUGACUAAGUUGCAUGCAGUAGCAAAACAAGUGAGGUAAAUGUAUAAGGUUCCUUUAAAGUGAUUAUUGACUU